AUGUUAACAGCCCCACCCAUAGCAGAGGACGAUUAUUUAUGUGAGACGACAGUGGAGCAGCAAAAGGUCCUGGAUACCAUCAAAGAGAUCUACGAAAAGUUGCUCAAUGAAAGCAACCGAGAUGAGGUAUUUGACAACGAGAUCAAUGUCGACCUUCACUUGAAGUACGUGGAGCUGUACUUGGACGAACCGUUGCCUGAUCCUUAUUACGUGCUAGAUGCUUCUCAACUGUGGGUGACCUACUGGCUCACAAAUGCACAUGUUACCCUUAGCGGAGAGGAUCUUCUGGACGAUUUGAAAAAGUUGGUUUCGGAGAAGGUCAAUUCGUUGGUGAUCGACGAAGGCAGAGGUGGCAUUGCUGGUGGACCCAACAUGCAUAUGGGUCAUAUGGCGUCAACCUAUGUGCUUUUGCUUCUGCUCGUGCUAGCAGAAGAUUUUGCAAGCGUGGAUAGAAUCAAGGACAAUUUGCAUGGUUGGCUUCUUUCAUUGAAGAACGACGAUGGCUCGUUUGCAAUGCACAAAGGCGGCGAAAGCGAUACCCGUUCUACCUACUGUGCUCUUGUUAUAAGUUCACUUUCCAAUAUGGACACCACUGAGCUUUGGGCUGGAACCCGUCAAUGGCUCUCGUCGUGUCAAACAUAUGAGGGUGGCUUCUCUGGGGUUCCCGAUACCGAGGCACAUGGUGGAUACACAUAUUGCGCCGUUGCUGCAUUCUAUUUGAUGGGCCGCCAAGAAGGUGACUUCAAUGAAGCCCUGUUACUACGUUGGCUUGCUGACAGACAAUUGAGCUUGGAAGGUGGCUUUUCCGGGAGAAGCAACAAACUUGUGGAUGUUUGUUACAGUUACUGGGUCGGCGGUGCAUUUGCUUUGCUUGAGUCUUCCAUUGGGACAGAUGUGUUCAAUAAGGAGGCCCUCAUCAGUUACAUUUCCAAUUGCUGCCAGGAUCUCAAGCGUGGUGGGUUGAAAGACAAACCUGGCAAAUCACCAGACUUUUAUCAUACCAACUAUGCUCUUUGUGGCUUAAGCAUGGCAGAGUACCGCUUCAAGAAUGAUAAAGGAGAUGCCUACUCUUUUCUGGCUGAAGAGAGAAUCGCAGGCUCGAGCUACACCAUUCCAGUGAACCCAGCUUUUGGGUGGUUGAUCUUCUUGUUCAUUGCACCCAUCACAGUUGCAGCAGUGGUCGCCCUUUCACUUCUUUCCAAGUUCUUUUCCUUCUUAUAUUUGGAUGACAGCGAAGCUCAGCGACGCAGAUCCGCAUCGGAGACAGCGACAACUAGCUGUAACGCCCUAGUGAAUGACCCUAUCAGCAAGGUUGAAAGGUUUGUCAGGGCUCUAGAGGAGAAUUUGCUGCCGGAACAGCUAUACUCUUCAAAUAAUCCUGACCGCAAUGUGGCUGCUUUGCCUCCUUUUUUCCAAGGCAGCUACACUCAAGCACUUUACAUGGCAAUCAAUCGAGGCAAGUUCUUGUAUGUCUACUUGACGAACCCAAGUAAUGAGAGCUCGAGCUCGAUCUUCGAUCAUAUUGUCACCAACCCAAAGUUCAUCUCCAUCUUCACCUCAGAAAAUAGAAACAAUCAAAACAUAAUAUGGGGCGGGGAUCUCACAAACCUGGAAGCAUAUCAGUUGGCUAACAGUUUGAAUGUCACUAAAUUUCCAUUUUUGGGCGUUCUUUGCCUCACAAGGACGUCUACAAUGACACCACAGGGUCCGUCAAAGACUCCACCCAAGAUAUCAUUGAUCCUGAAGAUCCAAGGAGGCAUAGGUGAAGGUGAUCCAGACAAGCUAAUUCAAAGCAAAUUCAUCAAGCGUGCUCUCAAAUACGAACCUGAACUAGCGCUCAUUAGAGCUGAACUAAAAGAUAAAUACAUGUCUGAAAUGGUACGGAAGCAACAGAAUGCAGACUACCAACAGUCACUCCUCAAGGAUAGACAAAAGAAGGCUCAAAAGGCUCAAAAAAGACUCGCGGCUGACUAUCUUCGUUGGAAGCAAUCUCACAUUCUUGAGCUUAGACUGCAACAGGAUGAUCGUGAAGGGAAAGCCAGAAUCGCAAUUAAGAUGGCCGGGGGAAACCGUGAGACAUUCUAUUUCCCGGAAAACUCACCGAUAGAGGAUAUCUUUUUAUUCGUCGAGCUACAUCAGAAAAGCCUUUUGGAGGAAGAGUCGAACUUCACCCUUUCACAAGUCGAAGCGGAGGAGAAGUUCCGGGAUUUCUCUUAUCCCUACCAAUUUCGCCUUGUUUCUCCGGUUCCGCCUUUGCCUCUGCUUAGUGACUACGACAAGAGCACGCCAGUCAAGGACGUUGGAUUUAUCUACCCCAGCGGCCUUCUCAUGGUUGAGAGGCUCUGA